AUGGCCCCUCUAAAUGUGAUCAAACGUCCCAUUCUUCGAGAUUAUGAAAAAGCGAAUGCAGCUGAUGACCCAGUAAACAGGGAGAGGCUGGAGCACCAUUCCAGAUGGGUUAAACCUGAUAGUGGAUGGGUUAAAGUGAAUGUUGAUGCAGCCCUAGACAAGAAAGGUGGCAAAAUGGGUUUUGGGCUAAUCAUGCGUGAUCAUGAAGGUCAAGUAAUAGUGGCCAAGAAUAUUAUGAGGUUAGGAACGUGGAAACCAGCAGUUGCAGAGGUUCUGGCUGUCUACUUUGGUGUCAUUUCUGGCCAAGUACAAAGAGUGCAACAACUGAUUGUGGAAGGGGUUGCUAAGCAAAUAACAGAUGCCAUUCAAGAUGAGGGCCAAAAUCAUAGCCUUUUAGGCCGUUUGAUUGAUGAUGUUAGGCUUGGUCUUAAUGCUAUCCCUAAGUUGAAAGUAGAGCAUGUGAAUCGUGAGGCGAAUAAGGUGGCUCAUAGAUUAGCAAAAUUGGCUCUUACACAAGCCAAUGAUAUUGUAUGGUUGGAAGAGGGUCCCCUUUGUAUUCGAGACAUUGUAUUGACAGAGCAAUUGCCUGGUCAAUGA